AUGGUCGUGGGGCGCAGACUGGUAGCCGCCAGCAUUGGUUUACUCUGGUCAACCUCUGUUGCGUCAGCCCUUUCCUGGAACGCAACUGAGUAUAUGUUUGUAUUCGGAGACUCGUACACCACCGAUGGAUACAACGUCUCUGCUGGUAUCGACUCGCCAGUCCCAGGAUACACCUCAUCGAAUGGCCCAAACUGGGUUCAAUUUUUGACCGGUACAUACAACCAAACGGCCGUGAAGACCUUUGACCUAGCGUAUGGUGGUGCGACCAUCGAUGGAGCCCUUGUCCCACCUUACCUACCCACUGUACUCUCUGUGGUUGAACAGGUCACUCAAUUCAACGAGUACCUGGCCUCCAAGCCUGCUGGCGCUACAUGGAAUAGCACAAACAGUCUGUUUGCCAUUUGGAUUGGCAUAAACGACGUCGGGAACUCUUUCGGCUGGACCAACAUAACUCAGGUUGAAUUCUAUGGGACUCUCAUGGACCGUCUGUUUUCCCAGGUCGAGGAUUUGUACUCAAAGGGCGCUCGAUCGUUCUUGUUCCUCACUGUCCCACCUACCAACCGUGCGCCCCUAUUCAUCGAACAGGGUCCCAAGGCUGCAGCAAAAAUGAGCUCUGAUAUUUCUGAGUACAACGCGCAACUUACGCAAUCUGUGCGCACCUUCAAAUCCAAGUACCCAGACCUUGGCACCGUCACCGUUGUGGAUACUCAGCCUAUAUUCAACCUCCUGCUUGACAGUUGGCAGACUUUCGGUUUUGUGAAUGUCACUGGCUAUUGCACAGCUUACGAGAAUGGCACUCCCACUCCUACAUACCAGGUCGAGGGUUGUGCGCCUGUGUCGAGCUACUUCUGGCUUAAUACUCUGCACCCGCUGUUCACUGUUCACAGUAUGCUGGCAAAGGCGGUCUCCACCGCUCUCAGUGGUUACCCUGCCACGCAAAUCCCCACUUAGCCUCACAGCAUCGUUACCACUUUCAUGGUUUUUGAUCCAAUGCACAGGUCAGCUGAGCUGCGGGGCGUGCGAUCUCGUCCAUCUUUACAUUCAGAAGUUAGCGCAAUUUGUAAAUGAUGCAAGCUCAUUUAAAUCAAAUGAGAUGUAGGCGCAGACGCGUUGAGUGUACAAUUGCAUUUAAAACGUAAAGCAAUCGGAAUCUGUACAUGACGCAAGCUCAUCAAGAUCAAACGUGAUGAAGGCGCUGACGCGUUCAGUGUGCCAUCU